GUUGUAACGGUCAGUGAGCCAGACCAGCGGUGAAAAUGUCCGUGAAGAUCCUCUCCAUCACUCUCCUCCUGCUGUCAGUGUGUCUGUGCUUCCACGCCGCUGCAGCUCGUCGAAAUCCUUCGAGAAGUCGACUGUGCUGCAUUGGGGUCACGUCAAUCAAUAAAAGCUCAGAGGUUUUGGGGGAAACGUAUCGUGGGCAGAGUGAAAAAUCACCUUGUGUGAAGGCGAUAAUUUUCAACACAGAUGAUGGAAAACUUUGUGCUGAUCCCAAAGCUCAGUGGGUCAAGGAACUCAUCGCCACCAUGAUGAAGGUGUGAAGCAUCGCGGCCUGUCGGCUCCACCAGGAUCUCCUUUAACAUCACAUUUAAAGACUUAUUUAAACCAGAGCACUUUUCUUUAUAUUUGUCAGUCUUGACACAUAAAAUGUUUUAUUCUUUAAUUUCUUCUUGCUUA